GGGACCCGGUCGUGCAGGGCCUGGCCACCAUGCUCCUGCUCUCCGGCAUGCUCUCGCUCGUGCUCUGCUCGGCGCUGGCCGGCCUCCAGCAUCGGCAAGCGGCGCAGCGUGAACGCCGGCACGAGAACGCCUGCAUCUACAAGGCCUGCCACGAGACCAAGCCGGGUUUCCUCAACGUGCACAUUGUAAGCCACACCCACAACGACGUUGGAUGGGUCCACACUGUGAACUUUUACUACAGAAACUACGUGCGUACGAUCUUGGACUCGGUGGUCGCGGAGCUGGAGGCGAAGCCGGACCGACGAUUUAUCUACGUCGAGAUGGCUUUCUUCACCCGCUGGUGGGAGGAGCAGACGCCAGAAAAGCAGGCCUCGGUACGCGCCCUCAUCGAAGAAGGUCGGCUGGAGUUUGCAGGUGGCGGUUGGUGCAUGAACGACGAGGCGACCACGCACUACACAGCAACGGUAGAUGAGAUGUCGCUAGGACUGCGCUGGCUGAACGCUACAUUCGGCCAUUGCGGCCGCUCGCGCGUCGCCUGGCAGAUCGACCCCUUUGGACACGCACGCCAGGAGGCCGCGCUCUUCGCACAGAUGGGAUUCGACGGCUUGUUCCUGGGUCGCAUUCACCUCGAUGACAAAGAGUGGCGGCAGCGCACCAAGCAGAUGGAGUUCCUGUGGAGAGCAGACAAGUACAUCGGCGAGAAAGGAGACAUAUUCACGGGUGUCCUGCCAAACGUAUACUGGCCGCCAACGGGCUUCUGCUUCGACGUCUGGUGUGUGGACGAGACGUUGGACGCAUACAACGGACAAAGGAGGGCGAGAGAGUUUCUUCAUAUCGUCGGUAAACAGGCCAAGCACUACUCCACGAACCACACCGUAGUGACCAUGGGCAUGGACUUCCACUACAGGGACGCUUCUAAGUGGUUUCGCAACCUCGACAGCCUCAUCCAUCACAUCAACGCAGAGCAAGCGAACGGUAGCCGCGUGCACGCCUUCUACUCGACUCCCGCCUGCUACCUGAAGGCGCUGCACGAGAGUGGCCUGCGGUGGCCCGAGUUCUCGGACGACUUCUUCCCGUACGCCGACCAGGAUCACGCCUACUGGACCGGCUACUACACGAGCCGGCCAAACUUCAAGUACUUCGCGCGCCACGCCAAUGGUGUUCUCCAGGCGUGCAAGCAGCUCAAGGUCAUCGGGCAGCUUGACGACAGCGCGGACGUCGACACUCUUGCAAAAGCCGUGGCUGUGUUGCAGCACCAUGACGCAAUAUCGGGCACUCAGAAGCAGCAUGUGGCUGAGGACUACGUAUACAUGACUGAGAUAGGAAUCAAGCAAUGUGAGGUACGUAAAGUGCAUCUUUUUAUCAUCAUUUGUGCAAGGUACAUGUGUACGUGUGUAGAGUACAUUUAUACUGCUCUUUAUACUGCCCAGCGGGUCACGCUGGGAGCUUAUGUUAUUGGUAGUGGUGACUUUGUUGAUGCGACUAUGCGCGGACGUUCCCGGUCAGCGAUGUGUAUGCAAAUGAAUUGCACCGGACCUCAAAGCAACUGCCGCUGUGGACUUUCGCAGGACGUAUUCAACAAGGCUUACCGGCGAAUGCUGCUAACGGGCGCUGCCGGGACCGCCUUCCAGUCGGACAUCUGCUUGACUUUCUGCCCGCUUCUCAACAUCAGCAGCUGCGAAAUCACCGAAACAGCCGACGAAUUUUUUGUCUUCGUCUACAACCCGCUAUCUACGCCCGUCCAAACGUACGCGAGGCUGCCGGUUACGGGCGGCGGCUACGAAGUGAAAGAAUUGCCGGGACAGGUCAUCCAGGCACAGGUAAGUGCUGAACUACCUGUGUUAAUGAUAACGAAUUAUGUGUUGUCGGAGAAGCGCACAUUUACUAUGUUUACACACAUCGAGUUACGGCAUCACGUACAAGUUGCCAACAUGCAAGCAACGUUUGCUGCGCCAUGCGGUGUAACAAUGCACUUUCCCAGCCAUUGCAUAUUUCUGUCACACGUUUCACACUCGGGAGCGUGUUUUUUUUUGCGAAUGUGCUUUGCGGAGGUGCUGUACCAUAACAGGUUACGGCGCAGAGUGUGUGUGCCUCGUGGAAUAGAAAAGUGUGGUUGCGGCGUCUUCACGACGAGUGGGGGCCUCCUCCUUGCGCAGCUCGUGCCGGUUCAGCGGAAGGUGCUCCGCAUCCCCGAGCGGAAGACGUCCACCGCGACGUCGGAGAUUGUCUUUCCGAUGCAGCUGCCGCCCAUGGGUGUCACCACCUACCAGCUGCGGAAAUACGAAGGCGAGGGCGUGUUCAUUUGUACACCACGCUUUCUUUGUCGUUUAUUUUUUAUUUAUUUGUGUUAUGUUUGUCCCGAACGUUUACUGCCAACGAAUGAGGAUAUAUUUUUUUGUCACUCGCGAAAGAAGCUGCCCCGGAAUUUCUUUUUUUUUUUUACAAUACUUUUGUAUGUGUCUAUUUAUGAUAGCGAAAUCUACAAAAGAAAAAUCGGACACCCAAACGUCCAGUCUACUGUGCACAACUCGUCGGCAUCCUCCUCCGUCGUUGCUAUAAAGUUCCGCUUGUUUUUUUUUGUUUGUUUUUUUUCAGGUUUCACGCUUCGGGACAGUGAAAGCAGUGCUGUUUUUGACGGUGGCAGCGAAGCUCCGGCCAUAGACAAUGUCAAGUACCGGCUUUUCUUGGACCCUGUGACGGGCCUGCUGAGUCGCGUGAUGCUCCUCAACACGGGCCUGGAGGUUCCCUUCCGCCAGUCGCUGUUCGCGUACCUAGCUUAUGAAGGCGUCGUAGAGAAGCCCUCGGGCGCCUACUCCUUCAAUCCUUCGGACGAUCAGCCCAUCGAUCUGGGUCGCCGAGUCAACUACAGCCUCGUCAAGGGCCCCUUGGUGCAAGAGAUUCACCAGACGUUCAGCGACUGGGUCUCCCAAGUUAUCCGGCUGUACAAGGACGAAGACAUCAUCGAGUUUGACUGGGUCGUCGGACCCAUCCCAUUCAGCGAAGGCCGCGAGCCCAGCCGCGGCAAGGAGAUCAUCUCACGCUACCAAACCUCGAUUUGGAACAAUGGCACUUUUUACACUGAUUCCAACGGACGUCAGACAAUAAAGAGAACGAGGAACGCUCAUCGACCGUGGACCAAGACCAUCGUGGAGCCCACUACGUACAACUAUUACCCUGUGGUCUCGUGGAUCUAUCUCAAGAAUGAAACUCAUGACCUCCAGUUGACAGUGUUUCCAGACCGACCACAAGGCGGGAGCAGCCUACAUGAAGGCGAACUCGAAUUAAUGCUUCACCGGCGGCUGCAGUAUGACGAUUCGUUCGGCGUCGAGGAGCCCUUGAACGAGAUUGGCGUGGACAAGCGGGGCCUUGUGGCCCGCGGCACGCACCGCGUUUUCUUGGGCUCCAUUGAGGACUCUGAGCGGAUGCUGCGCUCCAUGGCCAACCGGCUCGUGUUCUCGCCGCAGUUCGCCUUCCACACACGUGACCGGGAGCUGCUCGACAUCCCGGUGCCAAGGGCGAGUGGGCUGCAGUAUCCGUUACCGCCAAACCUGCACCUGCUGACAUUAGAACCCGUCGGAGGAAGCCGUGCGAUCGUCCGCCUUGAACACCUCUACCCCGGCGUCAAGGACAACAGGCUCAACAAGCCUGCUUCGGUAUCCCUUAAGAACAUGUUGGUCCCAUACACCGUGACGGCAGCCGAGGAAACCGUGCUGUCGGCACACGAGUACCUGCGCAACACGACCAGGUUCCACUUCGAGACGAGAGACUCCGUGAGGGAGUCACCCACCCCCGCUCUGCUGCAGCGUCUGGCGGGGCAUCGGAACGCCGGUCUGAGCACCGGCGCAUCUUCCUCCGGGAAGAAUUCGUUGCCCAUCGACGAGCGGCUUUUCACGGUGACGGUGAAUCCGGGCGAAAUCCGGACGUUCCUGGUGACGCUAGAACCCAAGAACAUAGGCUAACGAACGAGCCUCUCUCUCCAUCUAUACUAUAGGAACGUCGGAAACCUUGCGAUUUUUUUUUUUGAACGAUAUAGACGCUGCUGGUAUCAGCUUCACAUCUAUAAUAUAGCACAUCGUCGAAUCGCCCGCCCAGGCGGUCAUACCGGCAAGAUAUCUGCGCACGGAGGCAACGUUGGCAGGGCUGAUCAUGGGCACAUGUUUUCUUAACUGAAGCUCGGUUCUGUCGACUAACUGCUGAUGCAGCGGGAAUCGGUAGUUUCAACUCUGUAGAAGAGUUUAGAUGAGUUCUUUUUGUUUUUGUUCGGGGAAAGAAGUUGCGGCAUGCACUGGGAACAAAACAUGCUUACGUGUAAAUACAUGCCUUAGUUUUUAACAUGCUCAACCUUUUUGGCUAUUAGCAACAGAUGGCCGCGGCGUAUCAUGUCAAGAAAAGAUAAAACAACUCGACUUUCCUAUAUUCAGCGCAAUGCUUAGGCAAGCGGUAAGUGAUAUGCUUAAAAACUAAAUGCUUGCAUAGUUGCACACAACUGAACAGUUCGCUAUUCUGCCUUGUUCGACAAAAUAUCUUCCUUGCUUAUUUUCUGACAUCUGCCCCUGCUUUGUGGCAUAUUGGCUCGCUGCGCGAGCUUGCUAAACCAUGCAAUCGUCAUGAUUGUUUGUGAAUAUCCUGGACGAUCAAGGCGCGAUCAGAGAAUCUAUGGUGGCAGAGUGAACGAAUCCAGUUGAGUGAUCAUCUCAGAGGCACAACUGAGAAUGUUACCAGCAGCACGCGCUAAUUAGCGGCAUUACCGUAACCUAUGCGGAAAUUUUCUGCGUGGAGCUGCUGGCGUAGAGGUCAUUGUUUCAUUUCUGGGCCACGAUUUUGCAGCGAUGCCCUUUCCGGUGCUAUUACAUUACGCGCUUCGUCCGAAGUGAAAGCACGCUGCGCCCGCGUUAUCAAUGCGAUCAGCCUGCUGUCAGCGGUGGAUGUUGAAAGUGGCAUAGAAUUGAACGGAAGGCAACGCUGCCAAGGUCGCCGGCCCAGAACAUAGUUUCAACUAUUCACACCUUGAUCGUCUCCGAUAGCGUAUAUACUGCAUGUAUGAGAUACUCCCAGAUGUUCCUCAAUCGUUUCUUUCUUGUUAAUUUCUUGGAUGAGUUGAGCAAGUAGAAUAGUGUGACCCGUCGGCAUGUCCCGUGGCUGUUGCGCUGGAGGGAACGCAGGUUGUUCCAAGCAUAAUCACUUGCAGUGACCAAUGGCUGCUCCAAAGUCGGGAGGCGCUUUGUUUUGCUUCUGUAGCUGCAAAACGCCGCCUCACACAUCUAGUCUACUGUGAGAAGCGAGGAGUUUUCUUUAUAUAUAUAUGUGUGUAGCAGUUAUUCAAAGCCCACGAGCUGAGACGUGAUGUUAACAACCAUUUCCUUUCGUUCACAUCCUCUUUAGUACGCUGGCGUAGCCUCACAAUAGGCGAACACUUCAUCCGAAGAACGACCAUGACGUUUGAUCAAAAAAAACAGAAAAAGAACCUACAGAGGGCUUGCAUUUCAGCUUCACUUCUGAAAGACAGUGUGCCAUUCUGCCUCGUGAAGAAAGCAUUGUCGUUGUGAACGCAACGGAGAGUAGCCGCCACCUUGAUCAUCGUUGUUAUCGCGUAAUUUUGUUCUUUACUCGACGGUAUCGACAAUGUCCCGUAGUUAUUUUCCUCUUAAUUUCUUUUUCGGUUCUCUUCUCUGUUUCCCUCUGUGUGGCGUAAGACUAUUGUUUGGUGAGAGCUCGGCGAAAAACUUGUAAAACUAAAGUUCAGAGCCAUUUCAGAUUUGUGGCUGUCGCCACUGACUGCAUGGACAUUGAAGGAAGGUAAUUAAAAACGGCGCAACGUGUUUAUAAGGAUCACAUCUGAUUAUCACAGUUCUAGUUUCAGUUCUAAUAAUGAUUUUCAACUCUAAGGCACAAGAAUCGCGUUAAGGUAAACCAUUACGCACCAAGCUAGACUUAGGUAGAUCGGGAGUCUUAUUACUAAAGAAGUCGCUUUUAAAUCUCUCUCAAGCCUAUGAAUAGUAAGAAAAAAAAUCUGUCAGCUGAUUGAUAUACUUUUCAAUAGUAGCAUUCAACCGGCAGGGCCUGAUUUGUUCCAAAAUAUAGAUGAAUUCGAAGUUCAACGAAGGGUAGAAACAAGAAAGUUUAUCCAUCGACGGCCGCUGACCCGACGACUGUCGAGGGAAACGUCACCGUACUUCGUGGUGUGCCUGUACAGAACGACAAGAGCUUGGAUUGGCAGGCUGCGAAGCAGGGCGCAAUAUUAUUAGAGACCCGAAGUGAAGAUGUGGCCGAAACCACUUCUCCGAGUGACCAGCAGAUGCAGACGCGAGAGAGCGUUUGUUUCAAUUAGGGCUUCAAAGCUUAGGCUGCACACGGCCACAGGGAAUAAAGAGCACGCGUUGUGAAGCCGGGCAGACGACUUUUCUCGUGUUUUUCCUGUACAUGGAUGCUGUCACCAGAACCAAUUAUUCAGGUUUCGUUUUAAAAAAAAACGCUUCGCUUUUUGUUUUGUGCGCGAGAAACGCUCUUUCGCCAAUGGGAGACGAGAUUUUUUUUUUUUUUUUUUUUUUUUAGUAUUACUUCGAGAAAUAGCACCUCCGAGGUCGUCGGUUAGUGCUCCGGAGUUAGUUAUAUAGGCAGGAUCAGUUUGUUUACCACAGUCUGAGCGUGUGGGGAGACGAUGCCAGACCGAUAGUACCGUGCCUGUAACUAUCUAAUUAGUAAUUCUAUUUGGCACACCUAAGCACCCGCGUUGCGAUACGAUGCGCUGAGUUUUACGUUCCUGCCCUUACAACUUUAAAUAGCGCCUUCAGUCGCGCUGCAAGGGUCUCCUCAUGAGUCGCUACGACGGUGCUUCCUCACUCUUGGAUCAUAUAUACGCGCAUCGUGACCACCGGGGUAUGCGCCCGCCGGCAGCAGCAUGAACUUUAUUGCGACGUAUUUUGAGGCCAUUCGUAUGUAUCGUGACACAACUGCAUUAAGCGCGCGCUUUACUGGCACCAUGCACUGCACAGACAAGUCCAUUGCCCUGUAAUAAGGCGGGCUGCGUUCCUUUCGGCAUUAAGUGAAUGCAUAUUUAAUGAAACACUUUCAACAGCUCAUGGCGCCUAUGCGCUUUGAAAUUAAUGGCUCAGCUUUCCCACGAAGUGAUCGGCGGAUGUAGCGUUGCAAGCCAUGCAUAAAAUAGAUGUACCCGCCCUCAGGUAGUUCAUCCCAGGGUUGGUUUAUUCACGGUUGUUGGAGGAUUUGUGUGGGGAAAUGUAAUGUAGCGAAACAUUACGUUCUUCGGCAACUGCACUAGUGCGUGUAUAUAAUCUGCAGAAUGUUGCGGAUAACGGUGUAGGUUAAGUAGGAUAACGUUCGCCGUGUAUUGCUUGGGAUGGGUACUGAGAAGUUUUCGGUAGCAUUUGCGCUCUGCACGAUCGAAUAAAGCUGCGCAGGCGUUGUUGCGCUUAUCGAUAGUCUGGCAGCCGCACCGCUCUUUCGAAAUAUCCGUGAUACGAAUCUCGCAUAACCCGGUAGGAGUCUGCUUUCCUACUUCCGUCUUCACAUCGCGGCGUCAACAAAAUUUAAUGUGCAAACACCCGUGCCGCUAUGGCGACGACGACCGCACGUGGUGUAUAUAUAUGCAUGCCUGCGCAGCCAACCGACAGUUUCUGCCAUUUUGUGUUUUGUUUCGAGGCGCGCAGGCUGAAACCUGUCUGUGUGUGCAGUUAUACUAUGUCGCCUCUGUGGGCGCACGCUUGAUAUGUUGUUACACCGUUCCCGCCUUGCCACUGUGUGGCACUGAAGCUGUGAUUUUCGUUAUUGCCUCCUGCGUUUUACUCCCCCCCCCCCCCCCUCCGCCUUUUUUUUUUCUUUGGAGCUCUGGAGCUCGCAAAGUGUUGCGUUUACAGCUAUGCUUUACCUCGUGUUUUGUUAUUUUACCAGGCUGCGCGGCUAUUCCACGUCAAGCGAUGGCACCUUAACCUUGCUGAAUAUGUAGAAGAAGGAAUGUCGACUGCAGCUAAAUUGGUGAACUAGGAAUGAGACGCUAUCUGCGUGUGAUCUUGUUUAGAAAAUGUGCUAGUUUUUCUUUCGGCGAUGCUGCUAUUUGUCGUAAGAGCUCAGGAAAGCAAUGACGCUUCGGUUCUCCGAGAUUUCUUUGAGCACGAUAUGUUGUUUUCGUUUCACAAAACCGGUCCCGUCCGCAAGUCGUCUCUCGAUGUAUCAGUCAGGCCUUAGUACGUGCGUUUUCUCUUGAACCACGAAGUUUACGCGACGGAACUAGAGGCUUUUUUCCUCACCCACGUACCACUGGCAGAAUUCGGCACACACGCAUUAGGCGCUUGUACUCGUGCUUGAGACGACACGCAAGGAAAAACUCGCUGAUGCUGAAGUUUGUCAUCGCUGAGACAGUGGUUGAUGACUGCCUGGACUUCUGUCAAGAUGCUGCAGGUGGCGGAGCCUUGCUCGAUGUGAAGCACAUUGCUUCGUAAGAAGAAAAAUUAUAAAAUAUACGGUUGGGGGGAAGAGGGGGAGAAAUCUAUAGCUGUACUAUAGAGAUAUAUAUACACACCUAUGUAUGCAUAGAAUUAACGAGAUAAUAUAUUCUCUGUUUAACUUCUCAUUAUCUAUUACCUGUAAAUAAGCGCGUAAGUUUAACUAAGCACCCUUUCCGCGGGUCCAUGUACUAACAGCCCACGCACUAAUUAUUACGCAAGCACGUCGGGAAUUUUGCUGUUGUAUACAAAGUAAUCUAGCGUGAUGUAAAGUGCGUGCAAAAUGAAAAAAAGGGAAGAGUGGAGUGAAAAUCUUGGUUUCGAUCGUAUUUUUACUGGCUCUUUCUCCGGCACUGCGUGUACAGUCGAAUGUGCGUGUUAUCUCAGAGUGUGUGCAAACAAUCAUCGAUGUUUGUCUUUUUGAGCGCAACAUUCUCUUGCGCGGAUGACAUCAGUAUGACUGUUCUUUGUGCUACUUGUGUGUAUGCUAUCGGGGAAUAUAAAGAAACCUGUAUUAUGUAGUCCCAUGCCGAGACGGGAAAAUCACUUGCUCCUGUACGCGGGUCUGCCGUGAAAUAUUGCUGUUCGAAGUGUUUAGUGUAUUCACCAUCUUCGGGACAACCCGUCGAGCCGCUGUUCCGCCGCGCGACAUUCAAGCCUCAAGGAAUGGUCUUGAAACGCGGGAAGCAGCGCCCAGUAGGCGACACGAAAGGAGAAGAAGCGGACAAGACAGGCUCUCCGUUUGUGUCGCGUAGUGUGCGCUCUUUCCCGCGUUCUAAGAUGAUUAGUCACGAAAUGCGCCCGGCCGUCGACCUAGCUGUACCUCAAGAAAUGGAUUAAUGACUGCGACUCUAGCAACAGGCCAGUACGUGUACGCAAAGGCGAGUGGGGUCAGCUGAUCAACCUUGCCCUCGCUUAACUCGUGCUUUCAACUAGGACGUACCGUCAUGCCACCGUUACUUCCUUCCAGUGCCAGGCGCACACUGCGCGUCUUUGCGGCGCAGCUCACUGGCAGCAGCUUACGACGGUGACGGUAUAUCGACAAAGGCGUGACAGUAUGCUAAAGCACGAUAAUAUAUCCCGACAGUGCGUGCCAUUUCUCGAGGCGCAUUUAUUUAGUGUUUUUCUUUUUAUUGCUUUGCGCAUUCACGGGCCGUUAGAUCACGACAACGUAUAUAUGUGCAUGGCAAUAUUUCAGUGUCCCCUUGUGCACUGGCUUGCAAAAGCAGGCAUGACGUUAUUCUUGUUCAAGGUUCUCUCGACGAAAUUCUGCUUCAUUUCACAUUUUCUGCAAUAUCAGUGUAUAAUAGAAGUAAGGCUGUGUCAGGUCUUUUAUAGUUCGAGCAUCGACAAAAUUUGUUGUUAUUAUUAAUGUUUUGAUCGUGGGCAAACGUGUCUAUGAGUGCAUAUACAUAAAACACGCUGCUUCUUUCUUUCUGAAACCUGGCACUGCUACUAUGUAUCAAAAAGGAUCAAGUGCGGACCGUCUCACGUUACUCGAAUAAGCCUGAUCUGAACAAUACUGGGGUUCUCGCGUGAAAUAAAGAAACCCGAAACGAUUCUGGCGCGAACAGUGAAACAAACUUUCAUGGACACUUGACCGGAUGCAUUGUCUAUUUACGUCGCCUUGACAGUCGCUUAAUCUGCAGCACCAACUUAAGAACCAGCACGGACUCAUUGAUAAUUAAAGUUAGGAUCGUUUUGGCGCACUCAGCUUCACACGUGCAUCACUAGUACUGUUGUAAGGUAUGUUGCGUCCAAGAAGAUCGUCGCGCAGUGGGCUCCAUGGCACAGACUUAUGUUGGGAGUGGAAGCGAUAUUCUCUGUCCCCGAGUUAGAUGUGAGUACUCGCACUCGCCUUUCUUUCGUGCCAAAAUAACCUAUAUCUGUUUUUGAUAAUCGCAAAAAGUAAUAGAGCAUUCUUAACACGUGCCAGAUGCUUCUUCAUUACCAUAAUUAUUAGACGUACCGCGAAGUAUCGCGUCCGGGACUGCGAGGCCCUACGGUAUGACAAGCCGAAGACGUCCUUCGGCAGAUAGAAGUCGCCGUCUGCGAAGAGUGGAGUCUACAGGAACGUCGCGCGGCCUGCGACUCUCUCUUGGCUUUCGUCAGGGAGUCGGCGCUACCUGCAAUGGUUGUCGGCACCACUCCUGACAGCGAGCUCUCUCAUCAACGAUACACCACACCGAUUCCCACGAAACGGCAGCAGCCAAGAGCGCGAUCCUUUUUUAAAGAAACGGUUUAGCAUCAUUACCGUGAUUUUUUUAAUUAUUACUUUAUUGUUGUUAUUAUUACUCAGUGUGACAUCACUGACAUUGAAAAGCGGCGUGUGUGAAAGUCGUGACAAGUCGGCCGUUAUCAGCAGCAGGUUGGACUUCUGGAAUAGCAGAUAGGCAACUGUUAUUCAAAUGUGGAAAGUUGGUGCGCCAGGAGAAGGCGAAAUCGAAAGCCGAAUGGUGACGCCACCUUGAAUGUUUCCGGAGCGCCUCCCCAUGACGUCGCAUAUAUUGACAACUCUUAGCCGUGGCUGGGACAUUGCCUAUCACAAAAAAUAUAUAUAUACAGUGCGUUCGAAAAUAAUCGAAAAUUAGACAUCAUAACUCUUUUCUUUUUUACACUUUUCGUGCCACAGAAAGCCAAACAUCGUACGAAGAGUCAUCCGCACCGCGCCCGGUUAUUUCUCAUUUCCCACUGGUACCUAUAAGCCGCAGUGCGCAGCGUUUGUUCUUGCGUCCCGUGCACGUCAUGUGCGUAUUCUUAUCGCCGUAUGAUCUCUCUAAAAAUGGUCGCAUUUUCACAAUAUUGUGCCGUAGCAUCUAAACUGGAGGCAUGGCAGCGUGUUCAUGAUGUCCUCGUUAUUUUUGGCAAGCUCGAAAGCUUGUACCGGCUGAAGCAAGUGUUGCACGCAAGUUCGUUAACAACGACAGCAUAGGUGUUCAAUUAUGCGCGUUUAGUAAGUAUUCCUGUAAUAAAAACACAGCGGUCGCUUUUGGGUGCCUCGCGACUUCUGCGCCUGCGGUCUGUAACGACAUGCCGCUGUCAAACAAAUAAAAUGGUUCACUGCCUGCGAACCGACGUCACGUUGCCAAAAAGAAAGUGGUGUCAUAAAACUUAUUGUUGCCUGUUCAUGGGUUUGCCGUUUAGAUUCUCAACCAAUGACAGAGAUAGAGACAGAUAAAAGAGAUGAGAAAGGCAGGGAGGUUAACCGGAAGAUAGAUACCCAGUUUACUACCCUGCACUGUGGAAGGGGUAAGGGGAGACAAAGAUAUUUUUUUAAAAAUGCACACACAUGAAAAGAGCGGGAGAGGGUAAAGAAAAAAAUUAAAAACACACACAGAGAUUAUACUUGCGCAGUAUAGUAAGAAAAGAAAAAUGUGAUCAAUAAUUUGACGUUUGUAGCUCUGCAGGACACGAACACAACAAUAUGAUUAAACUUCAUGGCGAUGCAGAGUAUGUAACUGGCAAACAUGGCAGCAUUGUUUCGUUGUAGUCUUCAUUUUUGUUAUGCCGUGACUAUUUAUUUUGUAUACCCUGGCUGACCUGUAGUCGGAAGAUGAAAAAAAAACACGAACUGCAGAUUAGAACGUUAGGUAUACAAUGCAUCUGUCGCAAGUUAAUUAUACGGUGGGCGUGUAAAAAUGUUCCAAAAAGUUAUCCGGGGCUCCAGGAUCAUGUUGGCGUGGCUGUUCUUCGUCACUUGAAGCGUCCUGCUUCCACGUAGAACCGGUUCACGAGUCUGCCGCCCUGCAUCAUAAUUUUGGGCUGCUGGGAGCAGUAACGUUGCAUGCGUAGUCAGAGGUGUGAAUACGUAUAUGUGAUUCUGUUUAUGUCUAAUGUGACCCUGUCAAUGACGUUAAUGCUUGCACAUACAAGCGUCAUUUCUUGCUGGUGGCACUUCUUGGGUACUUGUAGGUGUUUUACUGCUGCCUUUAGUACUGGUGCGCUUUUUGGCUGCAACUCCUAUCGGACGAUGUAAAAAAAAUGUAUUCUGCACACUGUUCUGUCGGACCUGCCAUGCGUGCAGCGAGCAGUGACAAACGUCUCAGAGUUCAAUCUUAUGCGUGCUUGCAAUGACAAAAGCACCGGUGAGUGAUGAUUUCAUUUCAACUUCGCAUUUAUUUUCGCUUCCUUACAAACAUUUAAUAUGGCACUGGGGGCGAAAGCCGGUACACGCACAGAGCUUAGUUUGACCAACGUGACAUGACCGCGUUUCUGAUGUGUGUGUGUGUGUGUGUGUGACUUUAGCCACAUCUCCUACUAUUCUCCAUAAUGUCAUAACGCUGAAGCCCUUGUCGUACUUGCGCUGCGGCUCAAGUGUAAGCGCAGUGCGCUUCAGGUCCUUCAGCGCAAAAUAUGUGGUGAUUCCACAUGUACACCCGGCCACAGAAGUUUACGGACCACGGGAUCUCAGAAAACGUUUAAUUCCGAAGCAGCCUGUAGCAAUAGCCAGUAGAACUGUAUGCGACAAUGUUGUUAGCAUACUAUAGUCGCGGCCUCAAAUGCAAAUACCAGGCUGCGCUGCGAGGUUGCGGAAAUAUUCAGCUUUUUCUCAGAUUUCAUGGUCCGUAAUAUUUUGUGGCCGAGUGUACAUUUAUAUAUAUAUAUAUAUAUAUAUAUAUCCUGUUGCUUCUUCCGCUACUGUUUAUUGCGAGUGUUUAGCAGUUGCUAGCGUAAAUGACGCAUGUUAACUUAUCGCUCCCUCCAGUGAGUGUUCGGCACUGUGUAGUUUAUAUAGCGUUUUGUGGCGCUAAAGCCGUACACACAAGAAAUAUGUAUCUCUGUUUGUCAAAUGUUUGUAUAUUUCUAAACGCCAAAUGUUUGGGCAGCUCCAUACAGUGUCAAGGCGCCAUUAGACAUGCGCAGUCAAUUCAACUGGCACAUGGCAUUUUUCUGUUGGGACCUUCUCGGUUUAACCAGUUCAAAGUUCGUCUAGACGCGCCCCUUGGUUAUUUCUUCAGACCUAGGUUUCAGAAUGGCACCUGUCGCCGAAAACUUGAAGCCCAAGACAUGUUGGCUACAGGUUGGCUCGUUAAAAACAAGCUUCCCUGACACUUGCAGAACAAAGGCGGCGCUGUCAUUAAGCGAACGUUUGAGAGCACCAGCCAUCUUUUGAUUGCUUGUGACGAACCACGUAUACUCAUAAAGAUAGCAGCUGCUGUGAUUGGAAGCCGACACCGUAAUCAGAUCGUGUAGGAACAUUUCGCUACGUAAACGCCACUUGUUUUUCUUUUGUGUUUUGUGCGUGUGUGUACUUUAAUUGUGUCGUGGCCAGUCAAUGGGCUGUUUUCCUUGCUUUGUCCUUUCCACACGCGCACUUCUUGCACGCGGCUAACUUUACAUUGUUAGUCGCUAAAACUAGUCAGAAAAGUCGAGAGGUAAAGGUUUAGGGUUUUUAUGGUAACGAUUAGAAGGUGCAACUGGCGGAAAGUAGUGAUGACGCAGCAAAGCACCGAAAGACGGAAACUGUUUGCAGGUGUUACGAGAGUCUUGGAUUGUGAGCAAGACACGCAGAGAAACGCAAUUAAACUAUUAACAGCUCGGAAAUUGGGAAAAUUGGCUUUGGCUAGUUCUCAGGAAAUUCCUCGGCGGUAAGGGUUGCUGAAAUAACGGGAUAAUAUUAAUAUGCCGCGGGUGGCUGUAGACGUGUCACGUUCAAAACCCUUCUGUGUCUUCUCUAUAGGCUCAGGGAAGCGUUCAUCCGCUGUUAUUUACAUCGCAGUCCAAGAAAGAAACAGAUAAAUCGAUCAUGCGCACGAGAGUAUAUAUUCAAAAUCACAUCUUUUUUGCUUGUCUUACUGGCCGUAAUAAUUGUAAAGUGGAAUUUUUAAAAACGACACAGCCAUUCAUUCUAUAGCAUUCGGUUUGAUAUCUUCAACCAAGUAUAAUAGGGUGUAUGAAAAGCCAAUAGUUCUUGACAGCGAAAUGAUGUCAUCGUUUUCUCGUAGGGAACCUCGCAUGUUUGACCGAACGACCUCGCCUUUGAAAUGGGAAAAAAGUUAGAUUAGAAAGCUAUGGAGGUGCAAACGGAGGUGUCCCGUCGUCUUGCUUUUUUGCGCGACUGCGAAUUAAUGGACGAGUUGGUAGCGUGCGUUAUAUUCUGGACAGCGGCGCUACGGUGGGACACACUGGCUGCCACGCUAACACCGCCUGCAGCAACGACACAACCAGCAUUACAAUACUAACCAGGAACGUGGAGUAGAGCGGGGUUGGUAGGGUAUACUGGCCUCAGUUAUUAGUGGUAGACAGAGAAGCAACCGAACAUGGUCAAUGUAUUUUGCGUGAGAAAUAUCCUUAGUGGCAUUCAGGAAAGUGGUGGACCCUAUAUUGCCUGCUCUCGGAAGGUACACCGUUGUCAGGCAAGAGGAAAUUCGAUGAACGGAUUCUAUUAGAGCGACGAACAAAAGGCGUCAAUUGUAUUUAUCAAACCCGCAACAUUUCCGAAAACGCAUGAGGGAUGUCAGUUGUCAAUACGCUGAAGGCUAUUUGUGUGCAUCAGGUCUUCUGGAAGGCCCCUUCAGCGUCUUAUGUAGAGGCAAUGCACAGAGUUCUUUUAGUGCCUCGCGAUAAGUAGCAUAACGGCAUUUGUUUUUAAAUAAAAUGGAAACGCAGAAUAAUUUGAUGUUGCAAAAACUAUUGGUUUUUGUACUCGAUGGGAGCUUCUCAUGGCGGCUUUGCGAGAUUGCUACAUGUCAGGAGAGUUUAGCACAUAUUUUAUAUUCAACUCUAAUGGUCAAUGAAGCUAGCUCAACUCUAGCAUACUGCAUCAGUAGGAACUUCGGCAGCGUUUUCUUGGGUCCUUUUUGUAGCGGUUCAUUUCAUUUUUCGUUCUUUUAGUUAUUUUCGCCUUUCAUUUUCGCGGACGCCGGUGUGCCUCCGUUAUUGCCGCGUUCGGCCACUUGCCGCGAAGGAUGAUAAGAAAAAAAAAAAAGAAUGAAAAUUUCAAUUUUCGUUACGACGUGCGGGCCUUGGAUUAAAAAAAAACAUUUUUUUUUAGUGUGCCCUUCUGACACAGAAUUGACAAAGUGCCAUAGCUCGGUAAAAACAAAACGUGGAACUCGAAGUAGGUGUGCCGAGUACGUGUUAGAUUGUUAUCUGGUCGUUAACCGCGGUGGAUCGAGGUAUACGAGUGUUUACUGGAUCUUCACGUGGUCGUUACGGUAAAGGUACCCAAAGCCGUGUCAACGGCAUGCUGCGUAGCAGUGGUGGUGCCCAUCACAGCAUGACGUACUCGCUACGCGCAAAAACUGCCCAGGAGCUGUGUUACGGUACUGAUGUUCUAAUGGUGCGUAUUGAUUAGCAUAUUGCAUUUAUAGUUUUGUCUGUUGUCUGGAAAUCAGCGCAAUGAAGCAAGCUUGUAGAGAUGGAGGCUUCACCUUGCAGCUCGCAUCAGUGCCAGUUCUAUUGAAUCGGGCGCAUAUUUUUUUUUUUCGUCAUGAUUUAUGAAUAUUAAAAGCAACAUCAGAACCACGUCAAUAUAUCGGUGCAAUAAUGCGCCUUCACGCACGUAUUGUGAGCAUUGUGCCGGUUUCCAGAACUUUGUGCACUUGCAUCAGUUUUUGCUGUUGGUGAAUGUCUAUUCACACUGGGGAACAAGUGGGCCAACACUAUCCGUAGCCGUGUGAGUAACGUGCUGUCUGCGGUCGUGUUACACUGAAGGGCCAACAAAUGCCAGGAAACAUGUCCCCAACAAGCGGCGACGACAUGUCGACCAAGAGUUGGGCAACGCCGAGUCACAUAAAGCUCGACAUGUUCGACAAGGAGCUCGGGGGCUUUUCGUAGUUCUCUCCCGCUAUAUUGUCUCGCGAACAUCACGAUAAACGCACAAGUAGUAUAGAAAAAGAAAAUUAACAAGAAUUGCACUUGCGUCGUUAAGAUACGUGCUACGAAGAGCGUUCGACAAAUAAUAAAAAGAAAUCCUACUCGGGCGUUAUAGCGUGGUGCUGCAAAGUGUGCGAGGGAAAACAUAUGCCACCAAGAAAAAAGACGAGGCAAUGGUGUCGCUUGUUUUCGUUGUCGAGGCUGUCACACUGGCCAGUAUUGCUGCAGUUGCCAACGCUGUUUUGCAGACUGAGAGGAUGCUUGGCGACAUAGACGGAGGCCGUCACGUUGGCCAACUCUUGGGGAAACAUGUCGACCGGCAGAUUGGAAACGUGUUCCGCAAUGUGAAUAGACCCUUUGCGAGGGCCAACGCCUGGGACCUUUUUGUAUAUCACUGUAAACACUGUCCACGUAAGAUGUAGCAUUGAAUGGUUCGGUGUUUAUCUGACAGCUGUAUGCCGUUGUUCACAGCAAUGAGAAAGAAGUUUCUGUAUUGCGCAUAUCGAUGUUAGCCCGAAAUCGUGCAUUGUGUGUGGUUUGAAAAAGACAAAAAAAAGACAAAUUUAGAGACAGUAAAUAUCAUGAAAUAAACUAUUGUUUGUUACCCGC